AUGGCGAAGAAGUCAACUCCUUCUGUUGCAUACUUUGAGGAGGCGGACGACGACGGACAUCUCAUCCCCGGCUCUGAACCUAAAUACGCCCGCUCCACUCCGAGCAGUCCUUCUAAAGAAAAACCUAACACCGGUAGAUCACGCAAAGAUUCGACGAGGAGAGAAAGAUCACCUACUCCUUCUUUUUCAGAUUCUGACACUACCGAACCUCCUAUCGUCUCCAAGAGAGACUCUAGAUCCAGCAAGAUGAAGGGAGAUAAGAAACGAGACCCUAUUGUCAAGCAGCAGCGUCCUGCUCCCCGUUCGCACAAGACCGCUCCGUCAGCCCCAUCCCGAAUUUCUGAUGAGUCGUCUUAUUACGGAAUUCAUCCUCAGCAGACCGUUGCCGCCUCCAGACCACGGGCUCGUACUAGACCUGAGUCUUACUAUGGCCAACGACCACCCCUAUCAACAUCGGCAUACGCUCAUCAACCGCCGCCGCCGCACUCUGCGCAUAUGGGACCUCCACCACCAUUUGUGCCUCCAUGGAUGGCUGGACCACCGCCUCCAAUGGGGCAUGCACUAGUCCAUCAACCCAUUCCUUCUCCCACAUACUCGGAAUUGAACCCUCCCAACAGAGAUUUGGCAUCGCGAUUCCGUCGUCCUCAAUCGGCUAUGGGAUUUCAGCCCCCGCCUCCACCGUCCGAGUACGAGCCAUCGAAAGAGAAGGCCCUCACAAGAAGGACGUCUGUAUCAAGGAAGGUUAGCAAGAACCACGACGAGAGAGACCGGAUGCCACCCCCUCCACGUCCAGUUUCUACACAACCACCUCGAGAACGAUUGGUAUUCCGCCCGCCACCACCUUCCCACACAGCUUCAAGGAGAAAGUCUGUCGGGUUUGAAGACGACGAACUCGUUGACGCCGAUCCUGCUAUGUAUAAAGCCGUGGCACGGCGUGAAGUAGAAUACGGUUCUGGUGCUCUCCCUUCCUUUUCUCGACAGAGACACCAGAGCUUCGAUGCAGAGUCGGUCUUCGACGUUGAUCCUUCAUACGACAUGGAACAAGCACCGCGUGGCCGACGAAACUCAUUCUACAACUUUGAGGACAAGGUACGUGACGCUUCUCGAUAUCAAGAAGACGUCAGUGGAGGAGGUGGACCGCCAUUGACAGCCGAGGCCUUGCGUCGUGUGAAGAAUGAUGGCAGCAGCCACUCAACUCGGAGCAGUGCAAGCCGUGACGAGAGCGAUUAUAAGCAAUCUGCAACAACACGAACGACAAGAUCGAGCAGUGGAGAUGAUGAUAUCACGAUCAAACUCCCUAUGGGUGCCGUUAUCGAAGUCGGAAAUACUAAGAUCCAUUGCAAGGACGGUGGCGAUAUCAACAUUGGCCGUGGUAAUGGAACCUCCCGCGCGGGAGGUAGCGACCCCCCAGCUUCUACUUACGGCGAUGACCGGAAGAGUCGGGCGGAUCGAUCAGUGGCGCGAACUCGGGCUAGUUCACAGGCCGGAUCAUACUCCCGUACACGCCACGCUCCGCCGCCUGUAUAUGCCCCCCCGUCUUCUUAUGCUCCGCCGUCUUCCUAUCACUACGAUGACUACUACAAUUCUCAGUACCCAGCUCCCUACUUGGCUUACCACGAUGAUGAUGAUGAUAGCGAGUAUUCUUCUUAA